UUGACUUAACUAUAAGAUCUGAGUACUUCUACUUUGACUUAGCUAUAAGGUCUGAGUACUUCUACUUUGACUUAACUAUAAGAUCUGAGCACUUCACCCACCUCUGCUGAAGAACCACAUGUUUUCAGAUGCUAUAUGUCCAGUGUGUUUAUGAAUGAUUGUGUCCUUCAGACUGAGGACCCUGUGCAGACUGCAGAGAAUCCAGGGCCACAUGAUGUCGAGUCAGGUGGACUCCGGGGUUCUUCUGGAGAAAGUGGGUUGUGCAGGUGUGAUCACCUUAAACAGACCCGAGGCCCUGAAUGCCCUGAACAUGCCCAUGGUCCAACAUAUCUACCCUCAGCUCAAGAAAUGGGAAAGUGACAAUGAGACGGACAUAGUGAUCAUCAGAGGAGCGGGGGGGAAGGCCUUCUGUGCAGGGGGAGACAUCAGAGCCGUCACAGAAGCAGGGAGAGUGGGAGACCCUUUGGCAGAGGACUUUUUCCGUGAGGAAUACACCCUCAACCACGCUAUUG